AUGCCGGAGCCUCACAGAAUCCGGAUCCCUGGGCAGGUUCUAGACCAGAUCAGAACCAAAGACGACGAGGGCGAGUAUGGCAAAGACGCCCGGUUCAACCGCAAGAGGAAGGCCGAAAAGAAUGUCCCAUCACGUAAAGAGAAAAGAAAGGAGGAGCGUUUGGCAAAAAAGCACAAGAGGCUGAAAACACCAAUGCCCGACAAAAGCCAGCCAAAGUCAUUUUCGAAGAAACAGGCAUUCGAAAAGCCUGGCCAGCGAGUCCAGAACCAUGACUCUGAUGAGACCGAUCCAUUGGCACAGCUUAAGGCUCUUAAAGCUGCCAAAGCUGCAAAAGCCCAAAACGUCAAGAGUGAAAAAGUUCCUGCGAAGCAGAAGAGCGAUGGUGUCAGAAUCGUCAAGGAGGAUGAUUUGAAUGAUGAUGACAUCUCUGGACUGGAAGAGUUUGGAGAGUUUUCCGAUGCCGAGGCCGAGGAACUUGACGACUUCGAUGAUUCUGAAGAUAUGGAGGACGACGAAGAAGAUGCCCCUUCAGACCCUCUAGCGGCUUUGAAGGCACUCAAAGCCAAGAAGAACGGUGCUUCUGCCAAUCCUUCCGACAACGGACUCAAGAUUGUCAAAGAGGACGAGCUUGACGAUGACUUCUCAGGCGAGUCAGAUGACUUCGACCACUCUGAUAUCGACGAGGAUCUCCAAAAUGAUGCUGGCAGCGAUUUAGAGAACGACUUUGAUGACUCUGAAGAUUUCGGAGAAAUUUCAGGUGAGGAAGAGGAAGAUCCUAUGGCAGCACUUAGAAAGCUCAAGGAAGCAAAAAUGGCCAAAAAAAGCGAACUGCAAAAUAGCGGCGCUAUAGAAACAAAAGAGAAGAAGAGUAAAAAACCUGAAAAGGUGAUAGAGGCCACCUUUGUUGACCCUUUCGAAAAUGACCUAGAGUUCUACGCCAAGAAACUAGGCCUCAAAGAUGGAAAGAAAUCUAAACUUUCCAAAACCGAUGAUGACGAUGUUGUUGGAGGUCUUCUAGAUGGAUUGGACUUCGAUUAUCUCGACGAGAGUGAAGGAGACGAGGACUUAGGAUCAGAAGACUACGACAGCGAGAAUUCCGAAGACUUUGGAGAGUCCAAACAAAAAGAAAACCCGUUUGUUGCCCCUACCAAUGAGUCAGAUGAUGAAGUACCAAACAGUGAAGAGGAAAGCCAACCAUCAAAGUACAUUCCACCAGCCCUUCGAAGAAAACUUGCCAUGGAGGCCGAGGGUGAAUCAGAAGACAUAAUUGCUCUUCAAAGAGCGAUCAAGGGUCCUCUCAACAAACUUUCAGAAAGCAAUCUCGGUUCUAUCAUCGGCGAGAUCAAUGGCUUGUACUUGAACCACCCUAGACAAGCCGUCACCGAAAAUUUAACCAAAAUCCUCUUGGACAGCGUUACUCAGCAAGGCCGGUUGCUCGAUAACUUCGUCCUCUUGCAUGCUGCGUUGAUCGUGGCCAUCUAUCGUCUACAAGGUGUGGACUCUGGUGCAUAUUUCGUUCAGACUCUAAUCGAAAAGUUUGAGUCUUAUCGUCACGAACCAAGAAUGAGCAAGGAAGCAUUAAAUAGUGCUUCGCUUCUUUCGUCAGUGUUUACAUUCCAACUUGUGUCCUCCAAGCUCUUGUAUGAUAUUAUUAGAGAGCUCAUUAACGACUUGACAGAGUCGAAUGCCGAGAUCUUAUUGAAGAUUGUGCGUAACUCCGGUAAUCAAAUGCGUGCAGAAGAUCCAGCUGCUCUCAAGGAGAUUGUUUUACUUGUGACAACUCAAAAUGCUGCGCUUGCGAAGGAGAAAGUAACUCCAAGGAUGCAAUUCAUGGUCGAGACCAUUACAUCCUUGAAGAACAACAAGUUGACUGCCGCCAACGAUGAGAGUAUCCAAACGAUUGUUCGUUUAAAGAAAUUUCUUGGUACUGCCGUUGCUAGCAAAGCGGUCGACCCCCUUCAAGUCUCCCUUGAUGAUAUUAGAAGUGUCGACACAAGAGGAAAGUGGUGGCUAGUCGGAUCCGCCUGGAAGGGCCAGGGAAACACAGAAGAAGUUUUGGUAGAUACUGUGGCUGUGAACGAUAUUCUUGAUAACGCAGAGCCCAACUGGUUGGAGCUCGCACGCGCUCAAAGAAUGAACACCGACAUCAGACGUGCGAUUUUUAUCUCGAUCAUGUCAGCAAAUGAUUACGUCGACGCGAUGACAAAAUUGGAUAAAUUAGCCUUGAAAAAGGCACAAGAGCGUGAGAUUCCUCGAAUCUUGGUACAUUGUGCUGUUGUGGAGCCAGCAUGGAAUCCAUACUACGGUAUCCUUGCCGCAAAGAUGUGCGAUUCACAUUCCUAUCGUAAAACGUUCCAGUUUUUGUUGUGGGACCUCGUUAAAAGCUUCGACACUGCCUCUGGUGGAUAUGACUCCGAGGACUCUGACGGCGGAGUAGACACUUUUGCAGGUUUCGACGAUGAUGGCGAGAGUGACGAUGAAAAGCUCAAGAAAAUCAUGAAUUUGGGACGUCUUUUUGGCCAUCUCUUCGCAGAAGGUUCGUUGGCGCUCCAUCUUUUGCGUACCGUCAAUUUUGUGGCUACAUCGUCUGAUAUCAAGCUCUUCUUGGAGGUUUUGUUGGUGGCCUUCUUGGACCAAGUUGCCAAGAAAUCACAAGUUCACUCCAUUGGUGUAGGACGUGGAAAGAAGGGCAUGUCCGAACAAAAAUUUGACGACAGAACAUUAAUUGAGCGUCUCCUCAAGGCUAAAGAGGAGCCGGCAUUGUUGAAGGGAUUAAGUCUUUUCAUGUCAAAAAGGUUGUUGAAAAGUGACUUCAUCCUGGGCAAAAAGCAAAGAAAGAGGGUCGAAUGGGGUGUCAAGUCUGCCACAGACAUCAUUGAUGAGUUUGUAAAAGAGUACUAA